AUGUAGGUCAAUUUAUUAGGACCACCACCGCCGCUUUGACUUUGAAACCGGUACGAAGGGUGCAGCUGCAGGUAAAUCCCACCUUAUCCCACUCAGAAUUACUCAGGAUUUUCCUUUGUUUUUGUUGUAAGAGACAGGAGGUAAGACAUACACUUACACAGACAAUAGUUACUACUCUAGCAUGGAGGAAAUAUAGGAGGAGCACUACUUACAAAAAACAGGGUUAAUUUUGCAUAACAUUUGGAAAUCACAGCAUUCAAUUAAUGCCUUUGAAAAUAACUUAUUGGAUAAGGUUGAGCAUAAACAAGUCCAGUGCACAAAAUUCAAAAGGGUUAUGGCCCAGGCCUGGUUGCAGCUCUCUUUCUCCUGACAUGCACGACAAAAUUGAAGUUGGAUUGGACAGUCAAUGCAUCAGCAUAAAAUCACAUCAUUGGACCCAUAAAGAUUCUCAGACAGUUUCAACCAGCUGGAUAUCAACAGGGAAGCCUGUCCAUUCCAAAGCUGCUCAAUAUUUCAUCAGCUGCAUUCAAACUAACCUGCUACUGAAUCUGGACUAACAUAAACACAAUGUGGUUUAUUGAUACGUCUUUGUCAGACUGGCUGAAGCAUAAAGAUAGUCAAGACUUGCAAACUGAGCAAGAAGUUCCUACAUUGUUCCGUGAGCCAUACAUCAAGUUCGGUUACCGACGACCCCACCAACCUCUAAUAUAUUAUUUCAAGAGUUUAUUCCAGUUUCACAAUGAAACCUUGAAUGUGUGGACACACGGCCUAGGUUGCCUUGUUGUCCUAUGGAAAUCCAUCCAAUAUUGUUACCAUCUUGAUUUCAAUGAUCAAUUUUGUAAAAUAUUUUUUUUAUUUUGUUUUUCAAGUUGUGUCUAUUUAUUGUUAAGUAUGUUGGCACAUCUUCUUCAUUCUCACUCUGACCUGAUGCAUCAUGUCAGUUUUUUCUUUGACUACAUGGGUGUCAGUGUAUAUGGCCUAGGUGGUAGUAUAGGUUGUUUUUUCCUUGCAUCAGACCCAGAGUUUUUAAGUUACAUAAAAGCAUUCUACAUGCCACUGGCGUGGACAUUUACAUUCCUCACUUGUGCAUGCUGUACUUAUGCAAAAUAUCGAUACCAACGUCCAUAUCCACCUAUGAGGAAGGUGUGGCAAAUGUUACCGGCUGCUUCUGGGUAUAUGAUGGCUAUGUCGCCUCUCGUACAUCGUAUGUCCAGUGGACUCACAAAAUUGUCCCUCGAUGGUUCUGAAAGGCUACAUGCUGCUCAGAUGUGUCUCUUCGUAAUUUCAUCAUUUUUCUUUUCAGUACCUUUCCCACAAAAGUGGACACCUGGUAGAUUUGACAUCCUUGGCCAUAGUCAUCAGUUAUUCCAUGUGUUUAUGGUUGGCUCUACUUCAUGUUUAAUGGAUGCUUUGUUUCUUGAUUUAAAGCAGAGGAGGAAUGUAUACUCAGAUAUUUUUGAACCAACAUCAUUUGAUGUCUAUGGCUACAUGAUAGCUCUUAUUGCUGCUGACUUGGUUAUAAUCAUGGUCUUUAGAGAACUCACAAAACAUAAAAUAAAGAAAGAGAAGGAGCAGGAUUGAUGUUAAUCAGUUACCAGUAUGGGACCUAAGACUAAUAAAUAGGUGUAGGAAAACUAACUGCAUAAUUAAAAGCUUUAGAUGCCUAGCUAUAGUAAAUAGCCAAUUAUAGAUUUCACUACUUUAUUUAUUUUCUUACAUUCCCUAUUCACAUUAUACUUGAACUUUGACUGUGUAGAACGUGCCUUUAAAGAAAUUUUCUAUUUUAUUACAUUAAAAUAUCGAUAAUCAUAUUUAUGUGUGUGGUUGCUGCACAGUGGUAUGAAUGAAGCCUAUUUUGAACUGAAGGAUAUCUCAAUUACAAAGUUCAUUUGCUACAGUUUAAUGUGAUGCUCUACCACUUCGUUCAUUUUAGUAUAGCAGUGCUCGUAUUGUUAAACCUAAUGAGUAAUUAACUUAUUUUGGUAGUCUGAAUAUUUAAAUACAAAUUAAAUGUGCAUGUUGCUGCUUGGAAAUGUGUGGUUUUCUGCUGGAGGUUUUGAUAUAUUUUGUAUAUGCAAUUGUUGAUGUUCAAUUGAUACUGCCAGAUAUAAUAAUAAUAAUAAUAAUAAUAAUAACAAUAAUAAUAAUCAAUAAAAAUAUCAAAUAGUAAUAAUGAUAAUAGCUUUAGAUAGUGCCGGAGCCUCUAUGCACUUCAUAUUAUUAGCCUGGUUAUUUGAACCACUUACUAAGUUCCCUGGGGAGGGGGGUACUUGCCAUAAUUUUGUGCUUGUAAUCAACAUCCAUCUUACAUUUGCAUACAGUACCACAUGCCCUCUUAAGAGAGAUAAAGUGCCUUGCCCAAGAUGACAAGCAAGUGGCCGGAAUUGAAGUUUGUGAGAAUGAUAAACCAUAGUUGAUGUAAUUUUACAAAUGAAGCUUAUGGUUCUGAUCUUGUUUCUCCAUUUGGCCUAUUUGUUUACUCAUACCAUUGCAUUUCAGUUCAUUUCGUAUUUCGUCUAAAUUUUCUAGAGUAAAUGCUACAAAUAUGGUUUUAUUAUAUAGUUUAUAUAUAUAAUUAUAUGUAUAUAAGUUAUAUUCUGCAUUUUGUGUUGUACAAAAUACUUCUAUUGAUAUUUAUCAUUAUUCUUGCAAUGUUUUUUAGGUUAGUUUGUAAGAUUUUAAGUACUGUAAUUUAUUUGUAAUCCUAAAAGGUGUUUUGUCUCCUUGCUGUUGAAUGUGAAUUGAAAUCAACAAAAUAAAUAUGCUUCCAUAUCCCAAUUUGUGUUCAUAACUUAGCCAGCUUCAUACCUGCUGCAAAACCAGAUUGCUCAAAUAUUCCUAACAAUUGCAUCAUAUGUUUAAUUCUUUGAUAAUAUAUAUAAUGUAUAAAUGGUAGUUUUGAACUCAAUUUGGAUUAUUGUUGACAUACUGUAAUCCUGGUAAUAGUCCUUUGUUCUUGCUUUGAUUCACUCCUACAUUUAGAGGUUUCCAAGUUUUUGGCCUGUAGGAGGGUGGUGAGAGGUGAUGUGAAAAAUGAGAAUACGGAACUAAUCUGCUGCCAUGGGGGAGGGGGGAGCACACCCAUAUUUUCGCUGUUUUUACUUUUACUUAAUCCUGCCAGUAGUGAGGUUUGUCCUCUUGCUUUGAAUGAAUCAUAAAUGCUUUACUUUUUAAUAGUUUUAUAUUUUUAAUUUGCAAAACAAGGUCCUCCUUGUGUUUCUGAAUAUACAGUACAGGAAAGCUAUGUGAUUAUUUAUUGAAUGUACAAUUGCAAUUUACUGUUCAGAUGUAAUAGAUGUAUUUUAAAAAGAAUAUUUAAUUUAAGGCUUAAGUCGACCAAAAAAUAAUGUCAUUAAAAAAAUAGGUAUAUUAUAACAAAUGUAAGCUUUGUAACCAAGUACUGUAUGUAAAGAGUAAUAUUUUGAUUACAAAAGUUAUGCUUACUCGCAUGCAGUGUCGGAAAUUACAAUAAUCUUCAUGUAAACAGUGAUGCAUACAGAAACAUGGGUCCCACACAUCUGAGAGGUGUACAACCUAAAUUCUCCUGUGAACCGUAAGUGGCACCACUACUGCUUGUAGGGUGUUUUAAUGAAUCUGGUGUGGUCUCCAUCGCUGCAUUCGGUUCACUGCCUUCAAAUUGAGUUGGUUGGUACCGUAAUUGUCUUUCUCAGAAGUUGACCGUAGUUGUUGAUAUAAUGAUUGGAAUGGAUAAUUCAAAGAUGUCAGUUUUUGGCAGGUGAUCGCAAUGUACAUUUUUUUUUUUUUAUUGGAGGUACGGUAGCUUACAUGCAAUUUUUUGAAUAAAUCAAACAAACAGAAGUUUGAA